AUGCUUAGCAAACCAUCCUUGUUAGAGUCUCUAUGCUGCAUCAUUGCACUCAAAUCUUGUUCACUUGCGUUGUAUCCAAGUGACCCCAAGAUAGGUUUCUGUUUUGAUGAUGGAGGUGGAGGUGACUUUGAGGUGCAUGGUGAUGUUGAUGAUGGAGAUGGAGGGGAAUUUGUAGGAGGAUUCAACAAUGGUGGUGGAGGUGAGCUCACGGACAGAGUUGCUAAUGGUGGUGAGGGAGAAAUGGAGUUUGACAGAGGACUACUACUGGAUAAAGGUGGGGAAGGCGGUGGGGCACUAACAAGUGCUCUUUCGUCCGUAACGCUCACAAAAUAUCAUGCUGCUCAUGAUACUGACUCGUUUGGCACUGUCAACUAA